GCUAGACUGGCUGCGUAAAAAUGACAGCCCUGCUCGCUUGCCGCAACCAGCUUGCUGUGAUCGAGCGCAACCCUGCGCAACGCUUUUCGCGCGCAACGGCGCGACGUUGCCGCACGCCGAACGAACGAAGGACGACGAACGAGACACGAACAACGAGCGACGACGACGACGAGAGAAAAAACCGCCAUUUUGCGGUACCAGUUCAUUUUCACCCUCGGAAGAGUUCACACGCUUUUAAGUUACUUAGUUGUUAAUUAAAGUAGUGCUUUAAGAAGUCCGAGUGUUUUUCUUCAUCGCACCCACGGCCAUUGGAUUCAAAAUACAGUCCACCCGAGAACAUUCCGCCUUUUUCCGUGGGGCCAACGUGCCGGCCCGAACAUUGGUCCAAUCGACCCGAAUUUGGACAUCCGGCGUGGAUGUGGUGAAGAAGCCCGGUGAAAAGAAGGAGGCAAAGGCCUCAGAGUGCAAACGGACAGUUCCCGUGCAACCCAACUCCGUGUUCAAACAAAGUGAAAAAAGAAGAAGAAACAAACAACGAACAAGUGUGAAGUGGAAGUGCAAAAUGCCGCCGAAAGUUCAACGAACCCCGGCGAAGAAGCAGACGGAAGAAGAAGAUGAGUUGGACGGCCUGAUCCACCUCCGGAACCAGGAGAUGGACACCCUCGAGGAGCUCCAAACGGAACUCGCUGGUUGGGCACGAGCUGAUCGCACGGCUUCGGAUGUCCGAUCGCAUCUGAAGAACCUGGAGCGGAUCAACAACGACUUCGGCAACCUUCACCAGCGAAUUGUCCUCCUGACCGACUCCAAGACUCGGGGUCCACACGACGAGAAGAGGAAGCAGUUCAGGAAGCUGCACGACCAGGUCUCCAGAACUCUUGAGCGAUGGGCGGAUGACCUCGCACCCGCUGUCGCUGCAGGUCCAUCCACUGCACUCCAACCAGGUAGGCCCCAACCGGUGAUCAUCUCGCAACCCCUGCCCAGAAUCAUCCCAAAGUUCGACGGCAAGUACGAAUCCUGGGACAGGUUCAAGGUUAUGUUCAAGGACGUCGUGGACAAGUCUAACGAACCGGCCAGGAUCAAGCUCUACCACCUGGAACAAGCCUUGAUCGGAGAAGCUGCAGGUUCGAUCGACGAAAAGACCAUCCAGGAUGGCAACUACGAGCGAGCCUGGGAACUGCUAGAAGAGCGGUUCGAAGACAAGCGGCGAUCUCCACAUCGGCGGUCUGCUGGGAGUGCAGAAGUUGGAAGAGGAGAGCCACGCGGACUUGAGAUCUCUGCUGGACAACUUCACUGGACACGUCGAGAACCUCAAGUUCCUGGGCCAGGAGUUCUCCGGAGUGUCCGAGCAGAUCGCCGUCUACAUCUUGGCACACGCGCUGGACGAAGGAACCUACAAGCAGUGGGAGGCGACCAUCAAGCGUGGGGAACUCCCGAAGUACGAAGCGGCCAUCCAGUUCCUGAAGGACCGGGUCUCCGUUCUGGAACGGUGGGAGGCCACGAACAAGUCGGUACCGAAGCAGCGAAAACCAGCCAAGCCCUCCGCCAACAAGCCGUCUCAGCGAGCCAACGCGGCCACAACACCGUCGCAGCCGGAAUUCCGGUGCGAGAUCUGCGCCGAGGCACACCAAACGUUUCGAUGCUCAACGUUCCUCGGAUACACGGUGGCCCAGCGAAAGGACAAGGCGAGGGAGAAGAACCUGUGCUACAACUGCCUGCGGCCAGGACACUCAACGAAGCGGUGCUCGUCCAAGUACACCUGCGGUAAGUGCCAACGGAGACAUCACACAACGCUGCACGAACCACGAGAGCAGCAAGAACCUGCGCAGAAGCCGGCCACUCCCCAGAGUGUGGCCCCACAAGUGAACCAGCCACCAGUGGUCCAACCCGCUGGCACAUCUCAGCAGACGUCCAGCCA